AUGGCAGAGGAAUCUAUUCCCCCGAACUCCUACGGCACCGUCCUCGUCGUGGGAGGAUGUGGCUUCCUGGGAUCACGACUCGUCGAUCAACUCCUCAACUUUCCGUCUGAAGACGGUGAGAUCCGAAGCGCCAACGACCAUACCACCACUGCAAAUAGCCAUACCUCUACUUCGAAAGUGCAGCUCCUCCCUACAUCCUUCCCGAGCCUGCGAUCUCGAUACCCGUCCACCAUAGACACCCAAGUCCACGCUCUCGACUUACGGUGUACCCGCAACAUCUUCCCAAACUGCACAUACCACGACGCAGACAUCACCUCCGCCUCGGCGCUACUGGAGGUAUUCGAGAAAGUGAAGCCGGACGUGGUGAUCAAUACGGCGUCGCCGUCAUGGGAAGCACCCGCUGAUAUCCUACGGAAAGUGAAUAUCGAAGGCACCAGGACGCUGUUGGAGGUCGCGGGUGGAAAGCAUGGGAAUUGGGGUGGCCAGUGCAAGGUCUUUGUGCAUACCAGCAGUGCCAGCGUGGUGCACGACGGCGAGGCAAACCUCAUCAACGCCGACGAGACAUACCCUUAUGUCUGCCCCAACCCGAGGGAGUACUACUCGGAGACGAAAGUCCAUGCGGAGCGGCUGGCGCUCGAGGCCAACAACAAACCCGAAUAUGGGCAUAUGUUGACCUGCGCCGUACGGCCGGCGGGAAUCGUCGGCGAAGGUGAUCUCGGGGGCUUCAGUGGCGGAAUCCUCAAGACCGCGGCGGCCGCGCCGUUGUGGCAGCUGCAGAUUCAGCUCGGGUCCAACGACAACCUGUUUGACAACACAUAUGUCCACAACGUGGUGUUCGGGCUGCUCUGCGCGGCAUCAGCGCUUCUCGUGACGAAACAACGCGCGCUGGACGGCAAACUACCGAUCCUGGACCAUGAGAAAGUCGACGGCGAGGCCUUCAACGUCACCAACAGCAGCCCCGCAUACUUCUGGGAUUCCAGUCGCUAUCUGUACAGCCGCUACGGCCGUGACAUCAAUAUCGACAAGCUCUGGAUCCUACCGGCGGGCAUGGCCGAGUUCGUGGGCGGUGCGGCCGAGACCUUCAACUGGUUGUUUGGCCGCAAGGGAAAGUUGAAUCGCCAGACCGUCAAGUAUACCUGCAUCCACCGGUAUUACUCGUGUGAGAAGCUGAAGAAGCGCACUGGGUAUGCCCCGAUCGUAGAUAUUGAUGAGGGGUUUGCGAGGUCGGUUAAGUGGUUCAAGGCGAAUGAGGAGGAGGAGAAGAGGAAUGCUUCGCUGGAGAAGAAAGCCCAAUAG